GCUGCUGAUUUUGACUGCAAGUGAGAAUAGGCUGUUUAAAUUUCGUCUGCUGUUGAUUCAGAGAUUUGCGCCAUGGAUUUUCAUUGCAUGUAUAAUAAAUUUAAGCGACUCGUGUGGUUUGAUACUUGCAUUGUGCGAAAGUAAUGUAUUCCAGACGCGGCGUUUCCAAAUUGCGCAGUACUAUACCAGACAUUUAAUCUUGCGCAAAAAUAUUAUACAAACGAAUUAAAUUUGUUAUUUAGUGUUUACGUAACUUGCAUACGUCAGUUGAUGAAAUUAAAUGAACUAUUUGGUUAGCAAAGUUUCACAACAGCAAGAUGGAAUACCAGAUCAGGGCCUCUUAUGCAAAUUCUUAAACGCUAUUACCUGCAACAUGUAUGUGAGUUAAAAGUGGGAACGGACGACUUAAUUUACAGCGUUAAUGUCAUGUGAAUUGAACAUUUUAUGAUGAUGGGUAAUGUAAAUUUUGCGCAAGUCGUUCGUUAGGAGGAAAAGUACAGUCUCUUCUCCAGCAGUAUUGUGUCCUCAGCUGAAUCCUUAAUAACUGGAUGUAGAACUGUGAAACAUUCUUCAAAGGAUGAAUAAAUUGUGUCCCUCAGGCAGAUGUACCACAGAAUUACGCGUCCCCACGAUGGGGGACACGGUUCUGGCCGACCUGCCGGACGAGGUCCUGCUCGAGGUGUUCUCGCGGCUGCCGCUCGCCGACGCGGUAACGUGCGCACUGCACGUGUGCGCGCACUGGCGCCGGCUGUUCCGGUUCCGCGCCCCGUGGCGCGGCCGCACCUACGAGGCGCCGGACGAGGCGCAGGCGGAAGAGGCGUACCUGGUGGCCCGCAUGCUGUCGACGGGGCGCGACCUCACCCUCGAGGCGGGCAACCGCUUCUGCCUGCGGGCCACGGAGGACUCGGUGACGGUGCGCUGGGACAUCUUCCAGCAGGAGAAGUUCGAGCUUCUCACCGCCGGGAGCCGCGUCCGGAGCCUCAGCAUCCCGGGCGACUUCCUCGUCUGGUCCAACGUCACCAGCCUGGCCAGGUGUACGCCACAGCUGAGGUCACUGACUGUCGACAACGGCGUGACGGACUGGCCGUCCGCGGAACUGUCGGACGCCUUGGCGCGGCUGCUGGGUUCCGGAAUGCUGGCGGAGCUUCGCUCGCUGACGGUGGAGGGCGCGAGCAGUCGGGGCGUCGAGAUGGACGGUCCCCUGCUGGCGGCGUGCCGCGGCUGCCCGCACCUGGAGCGGCUGCACCUGCAGUGGACGGAGAGGCUGGGCGCGCGCGGCCUCGCGGGGCUGGCCGACCUGGGCGGCCUCCGCCGCCUGCGCGUCAGCUCCGUCGCGACGCUGCCCGCCGUCGACUUCCUCCCGGCCGGCCUCGAGGAGCUCGAGCUGUCCCGCUGUCACGGCGUGCGACUGGACGGCCUCGCCGCGGGACCCGCCCUGCGCAGGCUGGUGCUGGACGGCUGCGCCCUGGAGGGGGAGCGCCUGGCCGCGGCGGCGUGCCGGCUCGCCUCGCUGGAGGAAGCGAACCUCGCGGGCAAUCGGCGCCUCCGCGACCUCUCCUUCCUCCGUCCCUGGGUGCGCCUCCGCACUCUCAACCUCGCGGACUGUGACAGCUUCGACAGUGACACCUUCGGCACUCUCGGGUUCCUCGGGCAGCUGCGGUCUCUGAAUCUUUGCAGGUGCGACCUGCGCAACGUCUCGCUGGAUGCCGUGCUGGUGUCGCUGCCGCAGUUGGAGGAGCUCGUUCUGUCGGGGACGUCGGUCGUGGGGGGCCAGUCGUGUGCCGCCAGCCUGCCGCCCGGACUGGCCGAGCUGGACCUGUCGUGGUGCGCGUGGGUGGACGCGGCGGUGGUGCGGGAGCUGCGGCACCUGGGGCGGCUGCGUGCCCUCCGCCUCUCGCGUUGCGGCGGUGUAGUCGGCUGGCAGCAGCUGGCCGCGGACCUGCUGCCCCGUCUCCCCGCUCUCGAGCGGCUCGACGUGUCGGGCGUGGGCGGGAGCACGGGGGACGGCGUGCGCAACCUGUCGUUCCUGCAGCACUGCCCGCAGUUGCGCACCCUGGACGUGGGCGAGAAUGCCGGCCUGCCGCCCGCCGCCUACUCCGACCUGCGGCACGCGUCCGGCCUCCGGCACCUCGACCUGCACGGGUCCGACUUGGAGGGUGUGCCACUGCAGGAGACGGUGGGACGGCUGUCUGAACUCGAGACACUCACCGUUUACGGGUGCCGCGGUGUCGGACAGGAGGAACUGCAACGGCUCACCGCAUUCCUGCCGAAACUUGUAAUAAAGGGCAAGGUGCAGCCGUGAUACGUGCCUUCACUUCGAGUGUCGUGUGCACUCGCGUGGCCGAGGAAAAUUUGCUCCUUUACAUCCUGUAUACAUUUGUGUCAAAAUGUCAUGUUAUGUAACUGAUGUAAUAGCGUGGAUGCAAAGUUAUUGGGAACAAUAUUGAAAUACUAUUUAUUCUCAUCAUAAGGAGAAUUUCUAAGCUAUCUUCAGACUAUACCCAGAUAGCAAACAUUUAAAGAUAUUACACAACAAAUAAAAACAAACAAACUAAACCCAACAGAAUAUUUGUUGCCCAGUAACAAACUGAAUAGAAAAGAAGUUCUUUCCCCUUGGUGGAGAAGUACCUACUACAUAACAAAAAGGAGGUUUCUUCUGGUUGCUGUUGUGAAAUGGAAAUGCUUCGUGUACUGUGACAGUUAUUUACGAUCUGUGAAUAUAGCGUGCAAAACUCUUUCAGAGUAGUUUAAUUAGCACAGUAACACUGUUUAAAACAUUUUGGCACAGCACGAUUGUGAUAUGUCGUAAAAUUUAUUUGGAGUGCACUCACAGCACCUUGCAUGGGGAAUGGUAAGCCAGAAUUAAAAUAAAGUCGCAGCUUACAUCUUUGCCUUCAUCAAAUCUGCAGCAGUUCUACUCAGAUGAUUUAGUUUGUAAACCAGAAAUAAUAAAAAAAGGUUUUACUCGAGGUGAUAAAGGAUCGUGCUCCAGUGCUCUUCACCAUCAUUGCAAUAAUUUGUUUUGCUUCAAUUUGCUUCUUAGUAAAUCAUCUAAAUUGGUUUCAUCUUCCAGUACAGCUAUAAAAAAGGACAGAAUUAUACUCAUUUUGUUUAGCCAAACUGCUGGUUCACGAAUUUCACUGCUUGAAAAUACUUUCGCUAAUCCCAUAAUAAUUAC